GGCUCUAGGUCAAAUAAUUGAAACGGAAUCCGUUAAAACCCCUGUCGGGUCAUUACAAAAGCCCAAAAGCCCCAAAGAACCACCGACCGCUAUGUCACUACUCCGGCGAGUCGUCAAGACACCGCACUCAUCUUUUUACCGGUGUCAGUGUUACUGCGGCACCACAGUAACUGAUAAUAAAAAUGAAAAUGAGAAAGGCAAUAAGUGGUUCACCCUACCACCUUUUACUGCCGCCGUUAACGGUGCUGCUUUAGGGAGGGAGCUCGCCGGUGUUAAAAUGGAUAAUUCCGUCACAGCACUUAAAUGGAUUCAGCGUUGCUGCCCUGAGUUGCCUAAGUCCCUCGUCCAGAAACUUUUUCGCUUAAGACAGGUUCGAAGAGAAUCUUCUAAUGUUGAAGAACAGAGACCCAAGAGGGUUUCUGCGAAGGAGUCAAUGAACAUUGGAGAUCGAAUAUUUCUUCCAAUAACUGUUGAGAAGUUUCCCUCCGAGAAAGUUGUUGAUUACCCUUCUAGCGAAGAAGAAAGGAAGUUUGUACAUAGCCUCGAAUUGUAUAAGGAUCCAGAGAUUAUUGUGGUCAACAAACCUCCAGGAAUGCCAGUUCAGAAAUGGAACUUUGGACAGGGUGGAAUUGGCAUAAAACGUAGUUUAGAUGAACUUGCUGCUAAGUAUAUGAAAUACGAGUACUCAGAGGCCCCUCGCCUGGUACACAGACUGGAUAGAGACAGCAGUGGACUAUUGAUGAUGGGAAGAACACAAUUAAGUGCUUCAGCUCUGCAUUCGAUCUUCCGUGAGAAAACAUUUGAUACACAAAAUGAGGAUCUUGAAAGCAAGAAAAGAAUUUUGCAAAAGAAAUACUGGGCACUUGUCAUAGGAUGUCCGAGACGCUCCGGAGGGAUAAUAUCAGCACCACUGGGAAAGCUGGUGUUGGACAAUGGGAAAUCUGAGCGCAUCACAAUUAUGUCUGAUGUCAGAGAACCAUCGGCACAGUAUGCUGUAACAGAGUAUCGCAUCAUUGGAUCCUCCGAGAAAGGCUACACAUGGCUAGAAUUAUCUCCACUUACCGGCCGAAAGCACCAGUUGCGGGUUCAUUGUGCUGAGGCAUUAGGGACGCCGAUAGUUGGGGAUUACAAGUAUGGUUGGCAAGCUCAUAGAAAGCUGAAACAUCUGCCUUCACCAGCUUCAGCUGUGAACCGAGGUGCGCAAAGUCCCAGGCUAAAAACAGAUCCCUUCAGCCUUCGUUUAGGGAAUGGAAGUAUUACAGACAAGCAGCCUCAUCUUCACCUUCACUGCAAGGAGAUGGUUUUGCCCAACAUUUCUCUAGCUUUGGAACGAGCUCAAGUAGUUUCAGAUGCUGAUCUCGUACAUGUUGAAAGUAUCAAGCUGGAAGCUCCUUUACCCUUCCACAUGCAAAGAAGUUGGGAUUGCUUGAGUUCUUGAUUUAUCUUAGAAUGAUAGCUUCUACUGAACACAAGUGCACUACAGAACUGGAAUGAGGAUACUAACUGGAGAACAUAUGGUUAUAUUAUUACAUCUUCCCGCGAGAACUUGGGAAUAGAUGAUGUUUCCUUGUGGAACGUCAAGUCACGAGACCAUUAUUUAUGCGAAUGUGAUGCACUUGUAGUUAACAAGAUCAUCGCUGAAUGAAGAGAGUUUCUUGGGCUAUUGACUUGAAGUUGGAGCAUAAUUUACUCUGAAAGUUGGCAGAAUCUUGAUUGCAGCUGGUGCUGUAAAUGUUCCCUGGCAAUUUCUAGGCAUUUUUUAAAAGUUUUCUCCAUCCA